UCUACAACUCAACCUGUGUAUUUAUAUCUCCUGGCACUGCUUACGCCUGCGUCACUCUUCUUGUCCGCUCUUCAGUCAGUGGCUAGAACUCGGAGAGAAAAGGUGAAUUGAUAACUGGAAAAAAACUUGGUGGUAGCCUGUUGUACGAGAGAUGGGGGGACACUGGAGCUCACUGGAGAGUCAACCCUCUCCUGAGUCCGUGAGGCCAGCUCCUCAACCAAGCUCUGACAACACUUGCACUACAGACCAGGAUGUGCAACAACAAGGGGCAGCCAAGAUCAACAAAGCAGGUGAAGAAGAAUGUCAUGGUGACAAAGAGACAAAUGAAGAAAGCGACAACGAACUAGAGACUGAGGAAGAAAGACGUAGAGGCCAAGUACGUCAGGAAGAGUUGGAAAGCUUCAAAGAAGAACUGCAACGCAAGAGAGCUUUGCGACAUGAGACUCUCGCAGCUCUACAGGCUGAGCUCCAAGAGUUACGUAGCCGAGCUUCUCAGUCGGACCAACUUCGGCAACUUCUGGAGGAACAACAAGAGGAAAACAAGAAACUGGUCUUCGAGAAAGAAAAGUUGAUGGAACAAAUGGAGCACAAGGCUGCACUCGAGAGGCAGAUACAAGCGCUGAAAGAUGUUUCGGAAAUCGGGAAAGAAAUGCUGAAAAUCAGAGAACUCCAGGUUAAAGAAUUAAAGAAGAAGCUCGUAGAAAUCAACAUCACAUCAGUGACUGCGCCUCCUGAAGACCUGCGGAUAGAGUAUGAAAAACAGAUUGAAAAUAUUCGUAAACUUCGAACUCUCUACGAGGAGCGUGCGGCCGCAACAUUGCUUGAACAUAGGCGUCAGCUUGAGCGGGAAGAAGCAAGAAUAACUGUCCUUGAAACUAAACUGUCUGAGUUACAGAAGGAAACAGAAGAGUGCAAGGAUGCAAAAAAGGAAUUAGAAGAGAAAAUUGAAAAACUAGAAAGCACAAUACAAGGUAAAGAUGAUGAUCUAGCAUCAACUAAAGACAAACUAUUCUCCUGUACGAUUCAAAAUAAAAGUUUAAACUCACAAAUUAAACUAAUAAACACUCUUUUUUCACAAAUGAUCAUAAGCCCGAAUGUAGAUUUGGAUCGUUUGAUUAGAUUGCUGAAAGAUAAUCAUGGUCUUAUAACAGACUUGACUGAAACAGGAGAUUCAAAUGAAGUUGCAGCAUUAUUGGUUGAUCUAGCAGGACAGGUCGAGAAGGAAAAUGAAGAGAAAAACUCUGCCCCAACCCCUUCCUCGGAGGAAAUAGAGGAUAAUGAAUUACAGCCAAUACACCAAACAAAUGACAGUUCACAAUCUGAAAUAGCUUCUAAUCUUUCAAAAGUCUGGAAAGUAAUAAUUGAGCUACUGAGUCACCAUCAAAAUCCAAGUCAAACUGAAAUUUCAGGAGGAGCGGACAGUUGCUACAAAAGUAUACAAACUCCAUCAGGUCCACGGUCAGUUAUAAGUGUUAGUCAAACAUUUAUAACUCUUAAGGACUUGAUUUUAGAAAAGAAUAGGCUAGUCAAAGAAGUCGGUAGAUUAAAAACAUUGAAUAGUCACUUGGAACAUCGCCUGGGUAGCCAAGAAAAGAGACUGAUAGUAGUAACAUCCGAGCUACGGAAAACAUGGGGAGUCGUAAAUAAACUUAAAGCCCAACACAAGCAACUUCACACUCAUGAGAAGAUUCUCCGCUAUGAACUGCAGCAAAAGAGAUGUAUGCUAAACGAAUUGAAACAGGAGCUAGUUUACUGCAAAGACAAGUGGGAGCAGGCUAGACAGAAGAAUUCUCAAACAGAAGAAGACUGGAAGAAACUUAGGAAAGAAUUUGCUCUAAGAAAAUCAAGGAAAGAGAGCAAUUCUGCUGAAAGUGGUUAUGAAGAAGAGGAUGUAGCUCAGUCUCCACCUUCCGAGCCAAUAAUGAGCAGGGAAAGCUUGUUUGUAAGACAACAUGAAGGGAGUGAAACAGAGCUAUCAGAAGAGGACAUGGAGCAUUCUGACGGUAAUAGUUUUGAUACUGUAAUAGAUUUGCUUGAUAUUGCUUGUAUUGAGAACCCAACCAAUACCAAUUCCGAUGUACCUUUUGCACUUUGUGAAGCACCGCCUGAGACACCAGAACUCCCUCCAAAUCUUCUUCUACCACUAACAGGUAGUGAGUUUACUGAGGGCCUUGAUCAAAUUGAGUCUGAAGAUUUAGCGGCUGUGUUAGAUGUUCAGUACCAAACUCAACUUUUGGGUGCUGAUUAUAAUCUUUCAUUGCCAUCAUCAAGUGGCUCUUCACCUAUACCAACUGAAAAUGAAGAAUUUGCUUUGUCAGAAAUGGAUGUUUCUGAAGAAGAUUCAUCUUCAAAUGAUAACCACGUUUAUACAACACCUCUACCAUUCACCAAUCAAUCUGUUUCUGAAGACAAAUUGUUAUUUGGCUCAAAUUCAUCAAAAAAUAUAUCAAAGUUUUUGGAAGGACUUUUUACUGACCAAGAAAAUAAUGAUGAUAGCACAGUUCCACAAAAUAAUUUGCAUCUUGAUGUGCCCAGUACAUCCCAGAGAGAUGAGAAUGAUAGCACAACUCCUAUUGUAAAUAAUAUGAGCUGUUACCAAUUCCCUGUUGUUGACUUCUCAGCACAAUCAGCUAAUGGAAGCCCCAAAGAAUCAACACAAGAGGAAAAUGUGAGUAAUGAUGAAAUUAGCAAACAGACUUUCAGUACUGAGCAGGAAUCAAUUUUUCAACAGUUAUCAACAACAGAAAAUACAACAAAAUCUCAUCAUGAUGAUGAUAAUCCUAGUAAAUCCUUGUCUGAAAAUAGGGCAGACUCACCUGAAGACUCUUUGAGAGCUCGAGAGGAACGUCUGAAAAAACUAGAAAAACAGUGCAGAUCUCUGGUCACGAAAGUCAUGUCUACAUCAUUUAAGAGUGAAGUACUUUCCAACAAACUUGACGAGUUGCACCAGUGUUGUGGUUCUUCAGAAGACAUUCCCAAAAUUAACGAGAAAACUGAGACUUGCUUAAAUGAUACUAAAACACAAACUGAGCACAGUGAUGGCAUGAAGACAUUAGACAGCUCAUGUUGUGAAGCUUCAAUAGCAACACCUAAUAUGAUUUUACCCAAUAAACAUUCUGAAAUCUGCCAUAAACCUUCAAUGUCAGAAACUGAAAAUGCACAAGCAACACCGCUGCCUCAAAAAGAGAUCCGUGAAGCAGAAACAUUUGAGGAAAGAACGGCAAGAGUCACAAGACUUGAAGAUCAAUGCAAAUCAUUAUUUUCAAAAAUGUCAGCCUCUUCUUCUCGAAGUGAACAUCAUUUGAAGAACUUGGAUGAACAUCAUGGGAAACAUAACUCACAUCAAUCCAAAGUAAGUUGUGGUUCACGAACAAAAGCACCUGCUUAUAAAAGAUUUGACCGUACCGAAGACAAAAAACAAAAGAAAUCAAAAGAAAUGCCAGAUUUGGACUCAGAGUCUAAAGCAAUCUUGAGGAAUUGUUCUCGUGCUGAUCCACCACCAGAAACAAGCACGGUGCCAAAUAGUGAUACUAAAAAAGAUCGAACACCUGAGCAAAUUUUAGAGGCUAGAGCAGAACGUUUUAAGAGGCUGGAGGAACAAUGCAAAUCUUUGGUAUCAAGGAUGACUGCUACAUCGUUAAGAAGUGAAAUAAUAUCAAACAAAUUGGACGAACUUCACAGUUGUUAUGGUUCUUCAGAUAGCCCAUCAGGCUGUGACGAACAUUCCACGACAUCAGAGGAAGGCAAAGUGAGAUCUCCUAAUUCAUCUCCAAGACACAACAGAAGAAUGGUCACUUUGCCGGGGAGGGAGAAUUUGAAAGAAGAUCAAACAGAAUUAAUAAGUAGUCCUAUAAGGGAAGAGGAAACUAGGGAACGGGUAACAUUUCCACAAAGUUCACAACAGGAGCUAGACCAGAGUAUCAAAUCACCUAACAGCAACAUCGACAGGUCAAAGAGAACACCUGAAGAAAUCCUGCAAGCCAGAGCCCAAAGACUCAGUCGUUUAGAAGAACAAUGCAAAUCACUAUUUGGUCAAAUGUCAGCUACUUCUCAAAGGAGUGAUGUUAUUUCAAACAAGUUAGAAGAGCUCCAUGAACAGUACGGCCAGCCAUCUACAUCUAGGAGUGCUACACAUGAUAACACAAUUUCAGUUACAACUGAAGGAGCUACAACUGAAAAUGAUUCAACUGAGGAAAAUCAAUCUAGCCAACAAAAUACUUCAGGUACAGUUCAAGAGGAAACAAAUAACCCUACAGAUGCUGAUUCAUCCACAGAUAACAAUGAAGAAAGAACAGAGUCAUUGAAAAAAGCAUAAUGAAAAACUCUACAAAGAUCAUAAAGAUAUAACUCUGUUCAGUUUUACUUUCCCUUUAGUCCAGCAACAAAAAUGGGAUGUUACCAUGGUUGUCUUUCAGUGAUUUUCCUCAAGAGCUAUUUUGUAUGUUUUUAAUGUUGCAAUGUGUUUUGUACUUCCUUUUGUAAUCGUUAGUUUGGAAUAAUUGAAUAAUUAUAAAUGUUUGCUUUCUGAAAUAAAACACUGAUAGGUUUUUUUUUUUGUUACAGUUUGAAUCUUAAGUCAAGUUAUUGUGUAAAAGUACGACAUUUGAUUUCCUUUAAAAUGAAUAGAAUUAUUUAUAAAAUAGAAUUAUAGCAUUUAAAAACCUUAUAUUUACUAGAACAUACUGUAUAAACACUACACAGUAUUUGUAAACCAGAAGAAAAUGUUGCAAUUUUUAUGUUUCAUUCAAAUGUUCAGUUAAUAAAAUAAAACCAUAUUCUAUGCUUUAAAA